UUGCCCUUAAAAAGUAAAUGCUACUCUGACUUUCAUAGUUUGCAACUUUCAACUGGAAGUGAUAACAUGGAUUCAUGGUAUCUGCCUUGGUUUCUGUUCUCUGCUGUUCUCCACAUGGUUCCUGGCUUGCCAGCUCGAGAAAACUUUGUUAAAGAUGUAGAUGGUGGAAUUGAUCAAGAUAUAUUUGAUAUUAAUGAAGAUUUGGGACUGGAUCUUUUUGAAGGAGACAUCAGACUUGAUGGAGCACAAGAUAGAAAUUCUAUCAUUGGAGAAGAAUACAGAUGGCCUCAUACCAUUCCGUAUGUCCUAGAAGAUAGCUUGGAAAUGAAUGCCAGGGGAGUUAUCCUUAAUGCAUUUGAACGCUAUCGCCUAAAAACAUGCAUUGACUUCAAGCCUUGGACUGGAGAAGCUAACUAUAUAUCAGUGUUCAAGGGCAGUGGCUGCUGGUCUUCAGUGGGAAACAGGCACAUGGGGAAGCAAGAACUUUCCAUCGGGACCAACUGUGACAGAAUAGCAACGGUUCAACACGAGUUCCUCCACGCACUGGGAUUCUGGCAUGAGCAGUCUCGUUCUGAUCGGGAUGACUAUGUCAGGAUAAUGUGGGACAGAAUUCAGUCAGGCAGAGAACACAAUUUUAACACUUACGAUGACCAAGUAUCAGACUCCUUGAAUGUUCCCUAUGAUUAUACUUCAGUGAUGCACUACAGUAAGACUGCCUUCCAAAAUGGAACGGAACCAACGAUCGUAACAAGAAUCUCAGACUUCAUGGAUGUGAUCGGCCAACGAAUGGAUUUCAGUGACUAUGAUCUCUUAAAGCUGAAUCGACUGUAUAACUGCACCACUUCCCUGAGCUUUAUGGACUCAUGCAAUUUUGAACUGGAAAAUGUGUGUGGUAUGAUUCAAAGUUCAGGUGAUAAUACUGAUUGGCAGUGGGUUUCCCGGGUUCCCAGGGGCCCAGAGAGCGAUCACUCCAACAUGGGCCAGUGCAAAGGUUCUGGCUUCUUCAUGCAUUUUGACAGUAGCUCUGUAAGUGUGGGGGCCACGGCCAUGCUGGAAAGUAGAACGUUAUACCCUAAAAGAGGAUUUCAGUGCUUGCAGUUUUAUUUAUAUAACAGUGGAAGUGAAAAUGACCAACUGAACAUCUACACCAGGGAGUACACUGCAGACCACGUGAAUGGUACUUUGACACUCGUGGAAGAAAUAAAAGAUAUACCCAUUGGGAGCUGGCAACUUUACCAUGUAACAUUGAAAGUGACCAACAAAUUUAGAGUGGUGUUUGGAGGAGUCAGAGGCGCUGGUGCAUCAUUGGGUGGCCUGUCUAUUGAUGACAUCAAUCUCUCAGAGACACAGUGCCCUCAUCAUAUCUGGCAUAUAAAGAAUUUUACACAGUAUAUUGGCAGCUCAAGUGGAACUUUAUAUAGCCCACCAUUUUAUUCUUCUAAAGGUUAUGCCUUUCAGAUUCACUUGAAUCUAAGCCAUUCGACUAAUGCAGGAAUAUAUUUCCACUUGAUCUCUGGAGCCAAUGAUGAUCAAUUACAAUGGCCAUGUCCUUGGCAACAAGCCACGAUGACACUCUUGGAUCAAAAUCCUGACAUUCGACAGCGUAUGUCCAACCAGCGGAGUGUAACUACAGACCCAUUUAUGACCACUGAUAAUGGAAACUAUUUUUGGGACAGACCUUCCAAAGUGGGAGAAGUGGCUUUUUUCCCUAAUGGUACUCAGUUUAGAAGAGGUAGAGGCUAUGGAACCAGUGCCUUUAUAACCCACACGAGGCUGAAAAGCAGAGACUUUAUAAAAGGAGGUGAUGUAUAUAUCCUACUGACAGUGGAAGACAUAUCCCACCUUAAUUCCACACAAGUUCAGCCAACCCCAACCUCUAACACCAUUGACCUUUGCACUAACUUCAAAUGUGAAAAUGACGGCAUCUGCAUUGUCCAAAAUGGCAAACCCGAGUGCAGGUGUCUGUCAGGAGAAGACUGGUGGUACAUGGGAGAGAGGUGUGAGAGGAGGGGCUCCACCCAGGACACCAUUGUCAUUGCCGCAUCUUCUACUGCGGCUGUGUUUGCCGUGAUGCUGAUAGUCACCCUCGUCAGUGUCUAUUGUGUCAGAAAGAGAUAUCGUAGUAGAACAAGUUCAAAUACAGCAGAUAUGACUCUGGAAAAUGAGCACGCAUUUUGAAGAUGAACUCAACAAUAUGGCAAGCAGAUGAAAUUAAAAAGGAUUCUUCAUCAUGGAUUUCACCUAAAAUAUAUUACAACGUCCUUGUUCUUCUAUAAAUGGAUCUUCUCUGCAAAUAGCUGGAUAUACUAUAAAUCAUUAUUUUGGUAAAAGUCUAAUGGUGAAAUGUUUGUGCUUUUGUUUUUUGGGAGGGGAAGCAAUUCAGGCUCCUUGAGAAGUAUAAUUGUCCUAUAAAAAGGAGCACAACAACUAGAGAGGGCUUAGGGGGGCCAAGUGCAGUGGCCUCACAAGUGAUUGCCUAGGAACCCACCGGAAAUACCCAGUGGACUGAUCUACACGCAAGCUCACCAUUUCCAUGUUGUCCUGUCCCAUUCGAGGGACAGGCAGCAGGACAGCUCCCUUUCCCUCCGGGAACGUGUGCCCCUCCUGCCAAAGCUGGCCACUUCCUUGUUUUCUUACAUAGACUCUUCAGAACGUGAGCUUGACUUAGAAUUUGUUUCAACAUGCAACUGUGAUCAACAAGAAAACUUUUAUCUUCUAGAACAGUGGUUCUCCAAGUUCUGGGUCACAGGAGUCUUUACAUUCUUUAUGUAAUUUAUUAAUCAUUCUUUAUGUAUUCAUCAAUCAUUAGUACAUAAUAAGCCCAAUGUUUACAAGCAUAAAUCAUACUCGUAUGAAAAAAAUAACUCUGUUUUUCAAAACAAGAAAAUUUAGCAAAAGGAAGGGUAGUGUUUUACACUUUUUUUGCAAAUCUCCAGUGCCUGGCUUAAUAGAAAAACAGCUGAAUUCUCACAUAUGUACCUACAUUCAGUCUGUUGCAAUAUGUUAUUUUCAUUGAAGGAUAUAAAGCAAUUCUAGCCUCACACAGGUAUGUAGUUGGAAAACAGAGGUGUAUUUAAAUAGCUUUGCAGGUAAUUGUGGAUAUUCUUUUUGAAUACUUUGCUAAAAGUUGACACAUGGUAAUUUUUUAAAGGUUAGUUGUAACCGAAACAUGAGACAGUAUGAGUGGACUUCUGUACUUGGCCUAGUGUUAUCCACCAGUCUGUCUUGUAUUUCGGAUGGAUCUUUCAUCUAUGUGUAAUUUUGUAAGAUUGUAUAUUAAUCAUUUAGAAAACACCCUACUGGUUCACUGAGUUAUGCAGCGUUUACAGUUUGUGGCACAUUUCAUUAUACAGUAACAAACAUGACAUUAGUUAAUAUCACUACUGAUAUAAUAAAAAAAAGUCUUUCAGUCCUGGGAAGUUGACGCUCAUGGUGGCAAAAGCAAAUUUUCCAAAAUUCGGAUUUUUGCUUGAAAGUUUAAAUCUUAUCAUUGGCAAUAACUACUCUCCUUCUUGUAGUGACAAGCUCAGUUCAGUCAAUUUUUUUAAUUCAAAUUUUGUUUUAAGGGAC